GCCUGACCCCUGGGAGGAUGGAGCCUCUGUCUGUAGCCUCCCCUGUGGGAUCUCAUUCCUCCAUCAUCCUCCCCUUCAGGAACCCCACUGAACACCCAGCCCUGCUGCACCUCAGACUCACAGACGAGGAGCCCGGUCAGAAGAGAUCAAGCCAGUCCUUCAUCUGUGACAGGAAAGUGUUCUGCAUCCCCCUCAAACAGACACAAGGUGUGCGUGUGUCUGCGGGGGCCAGUGUGGACAUUCCUGUGGUGUUUGCCCCUGACUCCAUGCAACUGCACCAGGCCUGGCUCCUGGUUCAGCUAGAGCCCCUCUUCAACCUCCCCCGCCUGGACUCACCACUCACCACGGUCCAGAGGGACAAGUGUGUGGAGGUAGAGAAGGACCGGGUGCGUUUGGUCUGCUGGGUCUACCCCAUCCAUGGCAUCCCAGAGGCCCCUCCUGAACCCUCUCAUCCAGCGGUGAUAGAAUGUGAGGCUCGCGGUCGAGUGGAGGAGAGAGUGGAGGUGCUGUUGACGGGAUGUGUUCCUGGCUCCUCCGUCAGCAACACAGACACAACUCUCAUCAGGGUCCCCUCCUCCAUCAGCAACACAGACACAACUCUCAUCAGGGCCCCCUCCUCCGUCAGCAACACAGACACACCUCUCAUCAGGGCCCCCUCCUCCAUCAGCAACACAGACACACCUCUCAUCAGGGCCCCCUCCUCCAUCAGUAACACAGACACAACUCUCAUCAGGGCCCCCUCCUCCGUCAGCAACACAGACACACCUCUCAUCAGGGCCCCCUCCUCCAUCAGCAACACAGACACAACUCUCAUCAGCGCCCCCUCCUCAGCAGGCUUCAGGCUGGCUCCAGAAGACUUCCUAUGUGAGGUGUGUUAUAACAGUGAUGCUGAGCGGUCCCAGCUGGAGGGCUGUGUAACCCUGUCUCUACUGAACUGUCACAGAGACCCCGACUCUGGCAUCGUCUCUCUCACCAUCAACCUCAUCUUCACGCCUUACAAACCUCUCAGGUGUUCAGCUGUGCUGGCGGUUCAGUGUUUGACAGGUGGGCUCUGGAAGUUUCCCAUCAGCCUCAUCUCCACCGAGCCGCAGGUUGAUGACGUCAUCACCAUUAACGCUGCAGGGCUGCACAAGACCUCUGCUGUGGGCUUCAGACUGACCAGCCAGACCAGGUACCCAGAGCCGUUCACAGCAGGGUUCCUGCCAGGUGGAGGCAGUGAAUUCCAGGUGUGUCCCUCCUCAGGUGAGCUCCUCCCAGUGGGGUCAGCCGGUACCCUCCUCACAGUCUCCUUCACCCCCUCCAUGUACAGCAAGAGACACCACGCUACGCUGCUGGUCCAGACAGCAGACAUGCAGUGGACGUACGAGGUGAAAGGAACCACGCCUGCUUACACCCCACCCCACUCUGCCUCCUCCAAUGGGAACACCUCUUCCAGGGAACUCCCUCCCUCUGAUGUCCGCCAGAGGAACUUUGUGUCCCGGAACCUUCAUCUCCCAGCCACGGCUAACUCCUCCCCCAUCAAACACAGAGCCUCCGCCUCGCAGAUCAGAUAGAGAGAUCAUUCUCACACUACACCCCCACCCCAUUCCUGUGUCAUUGAGAUGAUCAUACAGGAGGUUUGAAUAAUUAAAGUGCCUGUACUUCACCUCAUUGUCAUAAUUAGAUUUCUGUUGACCUCUGACCAUAUGGACAUUCUUUAUGCACUUGGCAUGACUUUGGAGACGUUCUCAGUCUGUUCUCAAAUGAGAUGUGUGUGUUCAUAUGCAUGUGGGGGUCAACUCCCUCUUGUCAUCCAGGCCAGUGAACCAGGGGUCUUUCUCUCACCCUGAAUUCCAAGACGGAUGAUCUCCCCUCUGAUUACUUAGCCUGUCAUUUAGUCUUAACUGGAUGAAACAGACUCUGGUUUAGAGGCAGAGAGAGAGAGAGAGAAAGACAUUAUCUCAUUUAUUUAGGCAGCAUUAAUAUUCACUUGUAUUGAUCAUAUCAGAGCGAAGGUUUGGAUUAGGGAACAGAUUGAUCCUGGAUCGAGAUUAGAAGGAAAACAGCUAAGUCCUUCUCUGAAUAAUAGACUUCACCAGGACACAAUAUGGAGUCACAUUGACAUCCCUUGAAACUCCCCAUCCCGGAUCCGGGAUCGUGAAUAAAGCCUCAGGCUCAUUAGCAUAACGCAACGUUAACGAUUUCUGAAAAUCGCAAAUAAAAUGAAAAUAAUGCGCCUGCUCUCAAGCUUAGCCUUUUCUUAACAACACUGUCAUCUCAGAUUUUCAAAAUAUGCUUUUGAACCAUAGCAAUUCACUAAUUUGUGUAAGAGUAUGCUAAGCUAGCUUAGCAUUUUGAGUAGCAUUUCGCACGCAACAUUUUCACAAA